CGCUUGUUUGCCCUGCACGCUCCGCCCCGACGACAAGAUGGAGGAGCUGCUUUCGGCUGCGGCUGACAGCAUCGACUCGGAGGCGAGCGACGACGUGCGGCUGCCGUUGCGGAACCUGGUGAACGGUCUGAGGGAGGUGGUGUCACAGCUGCGAGAGGGAGAAUCGUUGUGGAAAUCAGAAAAUUUUGACUUGCAGCACUUCUGGAAAACUCUAGGUGACUGCUUCAAAGCAAUCUCACAUGAAGCAACAAAGCUAAGUCUGGCCUUUUCAAAACCACCCUUACCAUCUGUACAAGACUGUCAGAAACUCACUGCAGACUUUCAGAAGAGCACCCUUAAUUUAACCACUGUGUACUUCUGGUUACCCAAGAGUCAAGGUGUAACUCUACGACGAUUAGUUCGAGAUGCCACAGUGGACAUAGUGGAAGGAGUCAUUCAGCUUUUAAAUGUGAUACUGAGCACACCCCUUCAAAGUUUAUCACAGGGCCAACUGACAUCCACAGGGGGAGUUUGGGAAGCUUGUGACAAGUUUUCUAAAUUGCCAAAAGAUAACCAGGCAGCUGUUCUAUCAUUGAUGUCUUCUUAUGCAGCUAUUGUGGAAGAUGCUUUGGAAGAAAUGGAACAGGCUCAGAACGCAGACAAUCCCGAUCCAUUCAGUGACAUUUUUGAUGAUGCAGAUUCUCGAGAAAAUCGGGACACUUACUGGUCAGAAGCGGACAAGCAAAUCAUAGCUCCUUGCUUGGGACUAGUAAAAGCAGCUAAAGCCUGUUUGAAAAAGGUCUCUGGAGCAAUGAAAACUCAUGGGAAGAUAGAUAACUUACAACACAUAACGCAGUUGGAUGAUUUGGGUGACAUUACCACUGAAAUUAGCCCCAGUGUUGAUGAAUUGGUCUUGAGUCUUUACCCUCCAAUGGACUACCUGACUGUGCGAACAAAUGCUGCAAAUGUUGCUAUGGUCUUGAACAAAGUUCUGGAAAUAACCAAAUCUAGUCACAUGUGCCCUGAAUCUGAGAACAGCUGGUUGCAAUUUCUAAGUGGAGCAAUUGAGCACAAUAUGGAUAAAGUCAAGAAUUUAACUCAGAGCAGUACAUAAGUUUUCUAUGGUGUUGUUUGGUGAAAUCAUCGACUAUAGAUUAUUUAAGAAGCACACAGCAUUGAAUAAAAAUAGUUGUAAACAUUUUAGCAAAUGAGUGAGUGUUUCUAUAUAUAAGCCUACAAUUUCUCUAGGUGAACAUGUAUUCUCAAAGCUGUUCACUAUUCCUUUCCUUCAAGACACACUGGUCUCCUGACUUACUGAUGUACUUGUGUGGAUUUCAGCACUCAUGUUUGAAAAUUGCAGCAACAUUUCACCAUUAAAUUGGAUGGCUUUUUUUGGGGGGGAAUAGUUGUGGCCUAUGAUUGUUUUCCUUCCAUUGGAAUAGAAGUCUCCCUGUUAAGCUAAAAGUUGCUUAUGAAAUAUGUUUAGCACUCUUAGCCAGCUUUCAUUACAUGUACAUUUAUUACAAAGAAUAAGGAAUAAUUGAAUGCAAGUUGGUAUUAAUUUUGAUUACUCUUUGUGCAUAUGAAGUAAAUUAUGGCACUUAAUCUUUCAUCUGGCUGAAGGGCAGCAUUUGGGAUACCUAAAAAGCUCUUCAAGUGAAAUGAUGUUUGCGUCAAAGGCAAUUUUUUUGCUUGUUUUGAGUUUAAUAAAGUCAUUCUGCUCUUUAUUAA